AUAUUGUAUCUCGAGCCCGAUGGAACCACGUGCAUAAAAAUUUAUCUCCGAUUUCCAUGGCAAGAAUUCAUUUUAAUGUUCCACAACUCCUUUAUAACAUCAGAAAUAUUAGAUGGGAGACAACUUUGCAGAAGUGGUCUUCAAGACAAAUUGCUGUUGUUGCUGUUUUAACGUUUAUCGUUCUUGUGAUCAUCUUCAUAAUUCUGGAAACGGUACUUCUGAGUCCACCACCAGUCACCAAAACACAACACCAGCACGACCUGGUGAGGAGUAAUGACUUAGGUCCCGCGGUCCACUAUGGUAUCGUUAUUGACUGCGGUAGUAGUGGAAGUCGUGUCUUUCUCUACUUCUGGCCGCCCCAUUCCGGAAAUUCCAAGGAUCUUCUCAACAUUCAGCAAUUCGUGGACAAGGAGGGAAAACCAGUGGUUAAAAAAAUAAAACCAGGUUUGGAUACGUUUAAAGAUAACCCGGAGGCAGCUAGUGAUUACAUUAAGCCAUUGUUGCAGCAUGUAUCUGGAUACAUUCCUAAGGAGCAACAAAAGGAGACUUUGUUGCUUAUACUGGCAACAGCAGGCAUGCGCAUGAUUUCAGAAAAAUCACAGAAAGCCAUUUUCCACAAUUUGUACACAGAAAUUCCGAAGUUAUUUCCCUUUGUGAUAUCAGAGAGUAACCUGGAGGUCAUCAGUGGGAAGCAGGAAGGCGUGUACGCCUGGAUUGCUGUCAAUUAUGUCUUACACAAAUUCGAUCAUGGGACAGAUGAGCACCCUCUAGUGGCCGUGGAAGUUCCAGGCAACACGAACAAAGAGAAACGAACUCAUGUGAGACGAAGAACAGUGGGAAUGAUGGAUAUGGGAGGGGGUUCCAUGCAGAUUGCAUUUGAGAUCACUUCCAAGUACAGCAACAUUCCGAAGCACAGAUUGGCCGAAUUUAAUUUGGGAUGUCAGGCCAGUGAGUUUGAUCACACUUACAGGGUGUACGUGACGACCUUCCUUGGAUUUGGUGCCAACGAGGCUAGAGAACGGUAUGAAGAGUAUCUGCUGUCGUCCAAUCAGAGAAACUCAACUACAAGAAACGCAACUAUUACUCCAAGCAGACAGAAAAGAAAGUCAGAUAUACCGGACCCCUGCCUCCCUGUGAGUCUCAGACAGGAAGUAAAGGACUCCCGGGAUCGUAGUCACUUUCUUCACGGACAGGGAGACUAUGAGACUUGUCGUGCUUCUCUACUGAGACUGUUGAACUGGAAUUCCUCGACUGUCUGUGAACAAGCGCCUUGUUCAAUGAAUGGAGUUCACCAGCCUGUGAUUUCUUUUCAUAAUAGUGAAUUCUAUGCUUUCUCCGAGUUCUGGUACACCAUGGAUGAUGUCUUCAGAUUAGGAGGGAUUUACAACAGUGAAACUUUUGAUCAUGAAGCAAAAAAAUUUUGUGGCACUAAGUGGUCCACUCUGCAGUCUUGGUAUGAUGAAAAGCUAUACCCAAGAGCAGAUGAAAACAGAUUCCGGUUUCAGUGUUUUAAGUCUGCCUGGAUGUCCACAGUUUUACAUAAAGGACUGAAAUUUCCACACAGCUAUAAAAUGUUGCGAUCGGUUCAACUAAUUAACCACAAAGAGGUGCAGUGGACCCUGGGAGCUCUUCUACACCGCACCAGAUUCCUUCCACUUAGGGGAAUGAAUAGAUUUGAAACUCAACACAAUCCUCCACCAUGGAUGAAGAAAAACAGAUUUAUCAAUAGUGAAUAUGUGAUUAUCUUCUGCUUAGUGAUUGUCUAUGUGGCAAUUUUGAUAUAUUUAAAACACUUAAAGAUCUGCCAAACUAGGAAAACAGACAAGUUACAUCAUGUCCCAUCCAUGUCAUAUUUCAUGGUGGAAGAGGAUCAAGUGGAACAAGGUCUCAAUUAUGUAAUGGUUAACAAAGCGGAUAUUGAAGGUGGAAUAUGACUUGAAUUAUGCAAUGGCUAACAAAACGGAUAUUGAAGGUGGAGUGUGACUUGAAUUAUGUAAUGGCUAACAAAACGGAUAACAAAACAGAUACGUAAUGUAGGAAACCCUAACAGGAACUAUAGACAUAUUUAUUUGUAUUUUAUCUGACAUUGUUGCUGAUUUAUAAACGGAGUGACACUUAAUUGUUAAUCAACUGGGACCAUGCAAUGUUAGAAUUCUACAAAUACGUUUCUGCUAGUCUUCUGAACCCGUUUCAGACCCAUUCCAGAAGUGCUUUUAUACAGCAUCAAUGUAUAAACCACAUUGGUGACAUUCAGUCAGCAUUCUAAUUACCAAUUUGGUGUUCUUCCAGCUUUCAGACUGUAUUGAGUUCAUAUGUUAUAUAUUGAUAACAUUAAAGUGUAUAUUGUAAACAUUCAAAGACUACGUCUUUCAUUAUAUACAGUUAAAUUAUCAUUCAUAUGCUUAAAUUAUUAUAUGUAGUCAUUAACUUGAGGUCCAUGGAUAUGCAAGUUAUAUACUGGGGUAUGUAUCAUAGGAUUUCUCCAUGAUGUAAAUGUAUUAUAAUUACUCAAAAUAUAUCAAUUCCUUGGCAAUUUAUAGAGAUGUUGUUGGGGGGAGGGGGGGGGGGGGCAAUUUUAUCAUGUGAUUCUGACUACACAUCUCAAACUGAUGUAGUUAGGUCUGGUUGUUGUAACAUUGAUUGAAUGUAAUUUUGAUUGAUGUCAUAUUUUUUGAAAUGCUGAAACAUAAAAUAUGGAAACCAUA